AUGCUGUACUCGCCGGACAAUGCUGAUGAGCGGUUCUGCUACAGCGACGCGACGGCCGGGGGCGGCGGCGUGGAGCGGGAGUUCCUGCGCGUGGCGGCGUCGUACGUGGCGUCGCCGCACGAGGGGCCGAGGAGCGCGUACUACGACUUCUUCGCUGCGCACAACGCGACGCUGUGGACCGUGGACAGCGCGACGCGCGUUGCGACGCCGAUGCAGCUGGACGUUGUGUACACGUUCGUGAACCCGAGGGCGCCGUCGUUCUGGCGCAACCUUGAGGCGCGGCACGUGCGGUUCGAGCAGCGGCGGUACCGCGACUGGGAGGAGCUGCGGUACUCGCUGCGGUCGCUGCGCGAGUUCGUGCUUGCGAGCGACGCGCUUGCGCAGUACCACCACCGCCACGCUGCGGACGUGCGGCGGCUGGGCGAGCUUGGGUACCAGGUGAACAUGAGCGACGCUGGAGCGGCGGAUGGUGUUGUGUCGCUGGUGCGGCGCGUGUACCUUGUGUUGUCUGACAAGGACCAGGUGCCUGCGUGGCUUGACACGGAGAGGUUCCCGGAGCUGCGCGUGGUGAUGCAUGCGGAUAUGUUCAGCGCUGAGGAGGCAGCGUGGGUGCUGCCGACGCUGAACUCGAACGUGAUAGAGUCCGGGCUGCAUCGCAUUCCGGGCAUCUCGCGCUUUUUUUUCUACUUCAACAAUGAUAUGAUAGUUGGUCGCCAGUUGUCGUUCUUCGACCUGUUCCGCCCUCUGUCGCCGCCGCGCCAGAGUCUACACGUGUACAAUCUCAGUCGGGACAGCGAGGGGUCGACAAACGCUUCGCUCGCGUCUAAUGGGACCGGGCGCGCUGCAUUGCUGCUGGAGCCGGUGCUCCACAGCGACACGAAGUACAUGGGGGCGAAGGGAGAAAUGACCAGCUCGGAGCGAAUGCAAGUCAUGCGUGCCCGCGAGGAAGUCAGGAGCUGCAUGCUUGAGCAGGUGCUCCCCGCUCUGAACUCGAAGGGGCGCAGUGGCGAGUGGCCGGCAAAGGCAGUCCUCUUGCCCUCAUGGGCGACGACGAGGGUGCUUGCUUUGCCCGACCCGCACUAUGGCGUGACGCCGCGUGGACGCGGUGUGAGUAGCCAUUACUACUACAAUUUAUCGUCGAUUCGUCUCGAAGGCAUCGGACUCUCAUUUGUGUAUGCCCAUAGCCCGCAGCUGGUGGACGUUGAGGUGUACCGGGGUUUGAAUGAGGUGGAGCUCUUCGACUUCACCAAAACCCGCGCCGCGUACGAAGGCGAGAUGCACCCGUACUCCCCCAUCGAUGAGUAUGCGGUCUUUGAGGUGGCGAUGAUGCGUGGGAUGGAGCGGCAGCUGUGGACCCCUGUGUGGCGCGCCGCGCCGGCCAACGCGUUCACGGACGUGCGCGACACGAUCGAGUCUUGGCGGGCUGCGAAUGUUCUCAGCGACUCGAUGGACGCUGCUCGACGUGUGUCGUGGCGUCUGUCUAGCGGCGGCGCGGACAUGUCGAUGUUUGGCGCGCUGUACGGCGACACUUGGGGCGUACAGCUGCCGCGGCCGGACUUUGCCGUGGAUCUUGGGUACUGGUGGGUGCGCGGUGCGGUGCAGCCGGUGCAGCCGGUGCGGCCGAGCCGGCGGCUUGCAGCACUGAAGAGGCUGUACGCGAUCCCUGAGGUGGGGACUGGCGACGCGUGCGGCAGCGAGUUGGCGUUGUGGGCGGCGAGGGGCGACGACCACUACUACAGCGUGCUAUACGACAUGUUCCACCACACGCGGCGCGACGAGACGUUUCUGUUCGAGAUGAUUGAUAGCGAAAUGAGGGCUCUGCUGCUUGCUGCGUUCCGAAGGUAA